AUGACUGCUGUAUCUAAUUCAAUUGUGAUAUCUAAAACCACUGCGCUUUGUCUAUCAUCCGGUUCUUUAAAGUCGGUGGACCACCAUGCAACUAUUAUGGGCCCCAAAAACUCAUCCUUCAGUUUGAAAGGCACGACGAAAUCAUCUGCCCCAAAAAGGAAACUCACUCUUCAAGCAAGUUACAGUGAUAGGCCAAGCAGUGGAAGCAUCUUUGUUGGUGGCUUUGUUUUGGGGGGAUUAAUUGUUGGCACAUUAAGUUGUGUGUGUGCACCACAGAUUAGCAAGGCCUUAGCUGGUGCUACUGCUGACAAAAAGGAUCUCAUGAGAAAAUUGCCCAAAUUUAUCUACGAUGAAGAAAAAAAUUUGGAGAGGCAACGCAAGAAGCUAGCUGAGAAGAUCGAACAGCUAAACUCGGCCAUAGACAGCAUGUCCAAUCAGUUGCGAUCUGACGAACCUCCAAAUGGAGCAGCUGUGAACGCAGAUGAUAUGGAAGCUCUCAUAUAA